CGCAGCUGUCUGAUUCUGUGGUGUUCUAACGGUUAACCAAAGUGCCACUAAACUCUGCAAGCAGCAAGUCAAGUGCAAGAACUUUUCCUGCCAACGUGAUGGACGUCGACCUGAAUGACGGACGCGACCGUAUCGCGCCAAUGUUCAAAGAUCGCCACGUGCUGAUCACGGGCGGAACGGGAUUCCUCGGCAAGGCGCUGAUUGAGAAGCUACUCCGAUGCUGUCCGGAGGUCGGCAAGAUCUAUCUUCUAGUCAGAGCGAAGAAGGGCAAGUCGCCACGCCAACGCUUGGAGGACAUCUUUGCCAAUCCGCUGUUCGAGACUGUCAAAGGUCUGCGCGGUCUCGAUACAUUGAUAAGCCAAUGUGUCGUGAUCGGUGGUGACGUGACGGAGCCGGAGCUGGCCAUUUCGCCCGAGGAUCGCAAGCUGAUUGCGGAAAAUGUCUCCAUCAUCUACCACUGCGCCGCCACGAUCCGCUUCGACGAAACGCUCAAGAAGGCGGUCAUGCUAAACACGCGAGGCACCAAGUUUAUGAUCGAUUUGGCGAAGCAGUGUAAAAAGUUGGACAUGUUUGGCUACGUUUCCACCUCCUACUGUCACCUGAACGAAAAGCUGUUGCUCGAGAAACCGUACCCACCGCCGGCCGAUCCGCACAAGGUCAUCAAAGCCGUCGAGUGGCUCGAGGAAAGCGUCGUCGACGGCAUGACCGCAAAAAUUUUGGGCGACUGUCCGAAUACAUACGCCUACACCAAAGCCCUCGCGGAAGCCCUGGUGGUAGAGUCGAUGAGCGAAAUUCCGGCAGUCAUCUUCCGGCCGUCGAUCGUCAUUCCCACCUGGCGGGAGCCAAUUCCCGGAUGGACGGACAACAUCAACGGACCGGUGGGAUUACUGAUCGGUGCCGGCAAGGGUGUCAUCCGUUCAAUGUACUGCAACUCGACCGGAUAUGGAGACUACCUGCCGGUUGACUUUGCCGUUAGCGCCAUGUGUGUCUGCACUUGGAACUACGUUGGAAACAAGGACUUCAAGCGAAACAUCUACCAUCUGGUCAGCUCGGCCGAGAUCAAGGUAUCCUGGGAGGGCAUCAUCGAGCGGGGCAAAUGGAUUGUCUCGAACAAGAUCCCACUGAAUGGCGUUCUCUGGUAUCCGGGUGGUUCGAUGAAGCGUACCCGAUGGGAGCACAACCUGGCGGCGUUAUUCUUCCACUGGAUACCGGCGUUUUUCAUCGAUUGUCUGCUCUACUGCUUCGGAUAUAAGCCAAUACUAUGGAGGAUACAUCAGCGUAUUGCCAAGGGUUUUGAAGUGUUCGAGUACUACGCCAACAACCAGUGGGACUUUGAUAACGCCACCGUGCUGUACCUAAGAACAAUUAUUAACGACGAGGAGAAGGUGAAAUUUAAAAUAGACGCUGGAGGUGUGGAAAUCCAGGAGUACUUUGAGAACUGUAUACGAGCCGCACGGUGGUACAUUCUUAAAGAAACCGACGACACUAUUCCCGCCGCCAAGAGACACAUGAGAGUCAUGUGGUGGGUCGACAAGAUAUGUAAGACAUUAAUCUACGGUGGGCUCAUUUACUACAUCGGGAAGGCGCUCUACUCGCUGCUGUUUGCGUCCGUGUUCUAGCCACGCUCCCGUUCGCAGCGACUGCCACUUGUUGCCGCCGUCGUCGUACCGUACCGCAGUCUAACUCGGUGACACCGCGGGUUACCAGACCCAGGAGAAGCAGCCCGCCGUUCCACCGUUUGUUUUUCUUUUGAUUAGGUGCAAUUAAUCCAUAGUUGCCCAUAGCACGAUACCGGCCUGGGUGUCGUUCGUGCGGGUUAGAUUAUCAUACCCCGUUGCCGGCGUUACAUUGUUUUCUCCCUAAUUCAAACCAUUUCUAUCCACCCCUUCGUUUGGUUCGUUUGGUGGGUACUAGUAGAUCCAAAUUUCUUCCAUUUCCACGCAUUUUCACCAAUCCACGUGUGUUAAUGUUUAACGUUUGGUUCGGUUUGAUACGAAACUACAGUACCAAUUUAGUUCGUUUUCGACAUGGUGUAGUGUUGUAUAGUUCUUUUUUUUACCCUAGGA